GCGAAUGUCAUUCGGUUGUCGCAUGGUUUACGUAAAAGCCGCAUAAAUAGUUUGAUUUUUUCAAUAAAUAUUAGAUUUGCAAACAGAAAUUGAAAAGGAAAACCAUGUCUGCUGGAUUGACCCGCUUGUGGGAGCGUUUGCCACUCAAAAAACAGGCGGCCCAAAGCAGUAUUCGUGUUUUUUCCAACCAAGAGCAGCCUGCAGAAGUUGAAGACGAUGAAGAAUUCCGAGUGCUCAGCCUGCGGACGGUGAAGCAGCAAUUCCAGAAACGCCAACAGGUGCGCCGGGAUCCCAUCACACCACCUCGAACCGGUCGCAUGGCGGUGGAUCAGGAUUGGACGACGGUUUGGCCAGGACCACGAUCCUUCCACCCGGCCAGUGUGCCUCUGCCACUUCGCCAGGGAUUCACGGAACGUGGGGCGGCAGCUCCCUCGAAGUUCGCCAAUGCCGAGCUGAUGAAAAUCCCCAAUUUUCUGCAUUUAACGCCACCGGCUAUUCGCCAGCAAUGCGAAGCCAUCAAGAGAUUCUGCACGCCAUGGCCAAAGGGUCUGGAGACGGAGGCCAAGUGGCGGCGGCACUUUCCCAUCGAGGUCACCACCACGGACUACUGUGAGGCCUUGCCCACCAUCAGAAAUCCGGAGGCCAGAAGGGUCACCAUUUCCCUGAAGCUCUCCGAUCUUCAAUUUGAUGCGCAUUCGCGGGAUAAGUUCUUGCGUCUCGUCGGCGAUCGUUACAACAAGGAUACGGAUAUCCUCACCAUCGUCACGGAUCGGUGUCCGCAAAAGAAGCAGAACUACGACUAUGCCUUGUAUCUGCUCACCGCUUGCUAUCACGAAUCCUUUGUCACCGAACCCUGGGAGGAAACCAAAUCGGAGGCCGACAUGGAGGUGUAUCUCUUCGAGAGGAACCAGUCGAAGCUCUCCGCCGAGGGCAUCCUCAACUGGAACAUCAAAGAGGGUGCCCCCAAGGUGUCGCCCAGCAAGUCGUAUGCCAAUUGUGUGGAGCAACUGAUCAACGAGGGCGAAAACGAGUACAAUUUGGGCAAAUACAAGGAGGAGGUCAAGAAAAUGUUGAACAUUGCCUAGGGAACUUGGCUACAUCAAUAAAGCAAGAAGUUGUUAAUCAUU